AUGGAUACUGAAGGAGCUUCUUUAAGUGAACAACUGCUCGAUGCAGCCAGAAGAAAUAAUUUGGAUUUAUUAGAGACUGUAUUUGAUGGCUUGGAUGGUGAUUCCGAGAAGAUUGCAAAGCUGAUCAACAAGUCCAAAGAACCACUGGGGAAUACAGCGUUGCAUCUGUGUUGUAAAUAUGGGUCAUGGGAAGUUCUUGACAGGAUCCUCGACCAAGACGGCGGAAUCGAGAUAGAUCCUCAAAACGACGUCGAUGGCGACACUCCACUACAUGUUACGGUCAGAUACAGCCAAGAAGAACCUGAGCACGGGACAUUCAUUGCUAGAAACCUAAUUGAAGUGGGUGCUGACCCUAGAGUGAGAAAUUACAACAAUCAGAAGCCCAUCGAUUUGGUUCAUGGUGAUGAACUGGAUGAGUUGAUUGAUCUCUUGCAGGGUGCCGAGUUAGCCAUUGAUAGUACUAACGGCCUAGCUGAUAAUAAUGAGGAUGAGGAAAUGAUAGAUGAUAGUCCAUCUGAUGAUGACGAAAAUGAUGAUAAAAGGUGA